ACAUCGGUGCGGUAGACUGCAGCGAAGCGAUUGGGCGAGAGAAGUAAACUGUAUUGUACAGUACAGAAAAAUACACCAGGCAACAACAAUAUCGAGGUGGAAAGAAACCAGAAUAGAAGCUUUACCUGUCAAAAGUCUUCGGAUGUCACCAUUGCUCAGAUGUUCACUAUAUCAGACUGCAAAUCAGAACCCUCAGAGGUAGGAGAAACAGAAAAGGACAAAUCAGCUGCAGGACAGGGAAUGACUGGAGGCCCACUAGGCCACACCCUCACUGUACCUGAGAUGAGACUGGCAGGAGAGGGUCGGUUGAGGUUGAAUUCAGAGUCCCAGGCCUUCUCUACGUCCCGUGGGAAGAGGAAUGGGGAGCUCCAGGGAAGGGGGCCAGGGGUGGACGGCAUUCCCACAGAUGGAGCACCUUUUCGGGUUCGCUCCCAGUCGGCCCCCCCUGCCCUCUGGGCGGCUAAGAGAUACGGACGGCAGCUCCGACGAAUGAGUGACGAGUUUGAUACGUGGCUGGAUAAAGGGGAGAUGAAGCAGUUGAAGAGUGUGGGAGCAGCCAAACAGAUGACACAGUCCCCCAGCUGGUGGGCCUACCUGUUCAGUCAUCAGGAGACAGAGACAGAACACAGCCCUAACCUGACCGCUCCCGAACCACGAUAAUCUGGGUGGUGCUGCAGCACCCUCAGCACCCCUACUUCUGGCGGCAAUGGUCGUAUCCCUGUGCCACCUGGACCACCAGUUGGUCCUGGAGGAGAGAGCCAGUCCCCAGAGAGGAGUAAGCCUGGAAACAGACCCCCUUCUCCCCACACAGACGCCUCAACGACCCAUGGGCCAGAAACGGGUGUAGCUCCACCUGGAGGAAGAGAUGGGACAAGAUUUUUCAAUAAGAUUGAAAAUAAAAUUAGAUUUUGGUCAUUUAGCAGACACUCUUAUCCAGAGCGACUUUCAGUCAAUCAGUGCAUUCAACUAAGGUAGGUAAGACAACCACAUAUCACAUUCAAUGCAAGUAAAACCUUCCUCAAAAAAGCAGUUAUGAGAGAAAUCAGUGCUAGUAAGAUAAGACAAGUCUUGAGUGUUAGUGCAAGAAAGACAAGUACAACAGUAAGCUGUCUAUACUUAUAGUUUAUUUGAUAAUUAGGACAAAAGUCCCAUGUCUGACCUGUAGUACAGCAGGUUGUUUGACCUGUUUGUUUCACCCCUCCAGCAGCACCUUCAUGUGUCCAGGUGGACACCCCUAUGGCCCUCAGCCUCCCCUGGGCAUAGCACUGCUAUAUCUCUGCCCUAAGGCCAGUGGAUCAGGUACAUUUUAGUCAUUUAGCAGAUGCUCUUAUCCAGAGCAACUUACAGCAGUGAGUACACAUAUUUUAUACUUUAUUUUCUCCUUACUGGUCCCCUGUGGGAACUGAACUCACAACCCUGGCAUUGCAAGCACCAUGAUUUACUAACUGAGCCACACGGGACCAGGUACGAAACUAUAUCAUCUAGAUCCAGCAGUUAUAGAGUCCUCAGAGCGCCUUCCAUGUGGAACAGAGUCAGAAAUGCAAAGAAUAUGAUAGGAAAACAUAUCAACUGGUCAGGGUCAUAUUUUUACGGUGUAGGGUGAAGUUGCCCAUAGACGCUGAUCUUGGGUCAGUUUUAC